AUGUCUGAUGACUCAAGGACUGUCCCUCAGGAGCAGCUCCCCUCCGACAACCUCCACCCGCCGCCAAUGCCGGUGAUCAACGUGGGUCACCUCAACCUUGACCCAGCGACACGAGCUCGUGUGGUUGAAGAUAUUACCAAAGCAUGCCGUGAUCUAGGAUACUUCCAGAUUAUAAACCAUGGGAUCAGUCAAUCUGUCAUGGAUGGAGCUGUUGAAGCAGCUUCAGAUUUCUUCAAACUGCCAAGUGAGACAAAGGAAGAGUUUGCAUCAGACGACCUCCGACGGCCUGUUAGAUAUGACACCAGCUCAAGGGACGGCAUUAGUAUGUCACGGGCAUACCUAAAGCAUUAUGCCCAUCCCCUGAGUGAAUGGAUGCAAUAUUGGCCGGAAAACCCCCCAAUCUACAGGGAGUAUAUGGGAAAUUUUGCUACUGAAGUAAGGAGGGUGGCCUUGCAACUAAUGGAAGCCAUACUAGAAGGCCUAGGAUUGGGUAAGGGUUACCAGCAUGAGAAAUUUGAGCAAGGACUGCAGCUAAUGUCAGUGAAUUGCUACCCGAAAGAAUCAGAAGGUGAUACAGCGAUAGGGCUGGCGCCGCAUUCCGAUUAUGGAUUCCUCACCAUCUUGUUCACAAGUUGUCGAGGCCUGGAGGUCGUCGACCGCAACAGCAACAGCUGGAAAGUGGUCCAGCCACUGCCACAUGCAUUGCAUGUCCACGUAGGAGACCACAUGGAAGUCCUGAGCAAUGGCAAAAUCAAGACUGUUGUGCACCGAGCUGUUCUGAAUCCUGAAGAGGCAAGGAUCUCCAUGGCCAGCAUUAAUGGUUUUGCAAUGCAUGAGAAGGUCUCCAGUGCCAGAGAGCUCGUGAACGAGCAGAAUCCUGAAAAGUACAACGCGAGCAGUUUUAAUGACUUCCUCGACUAUCUCACAAGCAAUCUGGACAACAAGCACCGGAACUUUCUUGAGAGCCUUAGGAUGCAAGGGGCGUAGCAGGGUAUAAUCUCCACUCGAAGCACAAAACGAUACCUACGGCAGUUUGUCUCUACGCCUACAACCGUUCAUCUCUCUAUAUUACUUUUGAUAUGAAAGUACUGAAGUUGGUGUGUGUUGUCAUGCUGUUUUGGACAAAUUAUCUGUAAUGUUACUUUCGAUCUGAAAGUGCUGAAGUUGUUGUGUGUUGCCAUGCUGGUUUGGACAAAUUAUUAAUAAUAUUACUUUUGA